GGUUCAUACCAUCCUCGGACACCAUCAACCUUUAAUACCCAACAAUAACAAUGGUUCUACCAGGAUCUUCGGCAUCUUAGUUUUUAUCAUUUUCUGCUAGAUAAAGGGAGGCAGAACUCGGUACAAAUUAAGUUCAAGUUGUCCUUGAUAGCGCCAACACCAUGGAUGAAGACGCCUUCAACUUGCAGUGUAGCGAGGAAGAAAUUGAAAAGGAAUUUACGAAUACUGUGUAUGGUACCAUCCGACUUAUGACUGAGCUUCGUUCCGACAAACCGGUUGUAAGUCAAAAUGGACGGUUUGAACCCUCUCCUGCUGAGAUUAUUAGACUGUAUGAGACCCUAGCAAGGGAUGGAACUUUACCUAUCGCUUGGAAGUGGGAGCUAGGAAGACGUUCACCAACACCAUCUCAGAGUGAUUCUGAAAGUGAAAAGGAAAAGGAAGCUGAGAAAGUUGACACUUCAGGAUUUGAUUUUGAUGACGAACCUGCCAAUUUGCGACUGACACCUCGUCGUACCCCAGGCAGUGCAGGACCAAAGGGCAGUGCAAAGAAGAAAACUACAAAUUUUGAAAAUAUCCUUGCAAGUGUGAGAAGACAGAAAAAGCUUGAAUUACGUGAAAAGAGCAAAAGCAGAAAAGAAAAAAGAUAAAAUAAAUCAUAUAGGGUACAUGAUUAGGUAUUUAAUUUGUAUUACAAGCUUUACACACUCGCUUGGUAUUGGCAGUAUGUUAAUGUUAACAUUGUGAGAAAAACAGUAGAGUAGUAACUGUAGGGAUAUUGAGAUUAUGGGCAAUUGGAUGGUAAUAUGCAGUGAUAGGAAUAUUUGAAAUGUGAGGCUAGAGGUGGUCACUAACAAAUAGUGGUGGUUAGUGUAUGAACAUAAUUUUGAACACAAGAUGGUCAGUAUUUGCAUAUAGUAAAUGGAAAGGAACUGUCAUUGUAUAGAUAAUGGUAGUUAUGAAAAUGGGGGCCUCUGUAUCAUCUUCGUGUUUAGAAAAGGAAAUACUGUACAUCUAUGGAUAUUAAUCGUAUGUAUUUCGAGAGGGUGGUUAGUGUAUGAGCAGGUCCUCAUGGCUUGGUAGCAUCCUCAUCACACAUACUGAGAGUCCAGGCUUGAUCCCAGGCACGGGUGAAACGUUGGACAUGUUUCCUUACACCUGCUGCCCCUGUUUACCUAGUAGUAUGUACCUGGUUAUUAGUUGACUGUUGUGGGUCACAUUUUGGGGAACCAGAUAAACUUAAUUUGCCUGAAAUGCUCUGCAUAACCAGGGGCUUUCUGUAUACUAUAGUAUGUCACUGACAUCAACCAGAUCUUGAUCAGUUGUAGCAUGUAGAAAUGAAGAUUUAUUGAUAUUAUCAUUAGCUACAUUUCAGCCUAUAACCCAUAGAAUGCUCAUUAGUUUUUCAGACUUUACUAUGGUUUUUAAAAUCCUAGAAAUUAGUGUCUUAAAUCCUCUGGAAUUUUUUUUCUUUCUUUCUUUAUUGUGGUGUUCUUAUGUAAAAUAUCCUCAACAAUUUUAUGUCCUCUUACAGUGAUGCACUUAAAUUUUCACCUCCUGGUUUAAUUAUUACAUAUGGGGCAGUUUCUGUGUCUGAUAAUAAAAAAUGUAGAAAUAUUGAGAAUUAGCAUACUGUGGACAUGUGGGGAAAGUUGAGGAAAAUAAUCAGUCAAUAAAAAAUUCAGUUCAGUAGGUAAUUGGAAUUCAGUGAUAGGUUAAUGUGAAUAUGAAAAAAAAAAAAAUUCAGCAAGGCACUUAACCCUUUCAGGGUCCGUGCCGUAGAUCUACGGCUUUACGUUCAGGGUCCAAACUGUAGAUCUACGCCAUGAGCUCAGCUCACUCUGAUAAGCUGUGAGUGGUAAAUUUGGGCCUAGAUAUGAGAUAAUACAUCUAUGUGGUGUGUGUGCACCACAUAAAACAAAUCCUGCAGCACACAUUGUAUAAUCAGAGGAAAAAAAACUGAGACCAUGAUUUUCGAUUAAAACAGCAACUUUGCAGUGUUUUUUCGUAUGUUUUUUUUAUAGUUGUAUUUGCGAUUUGUUGGUCUCAUUUGAUAGAAAUAGAGAUGAUUUUGGCACUGGAAAUGGCUUGAAACUGAGCUCAAAGUAGCAGAAAUGUUAAAUUUUUGCCGAUGUUCAAGAGUAAACAAACGAUCUCACAUGUCUAAUACACACCAGCUGGUGGGUCUAAUAUAUAUUCACAAAUGUGGUGAUGAUAUUUAUACAAUUAUUACAAUAUUGCAUAACAGUAAAUCUUCUAUUUUUUGGUUUGAAUAAAAAUUCAUUAUG